AUGGAUGAAUCAGUGGAUCCUGUGGAGCUGCUGCUGCGAUUGCUGAUACGGCACAAACCGCAUCUCAAACCGUAUGCCUACAGGCAAGAUAGCUGGCAGCGAGUGCUCGAUGAGUACAACCGGCAGACUGGUUCAAGGUACAGACAAUCGAGGACGUUAAAGACCAAGUUUCGUCGACUGAAGGAGCUCUAUGGUGCAGAUCGGGCACAAUUUUCACUUUCUCAGCUCAAGCUGAUGGGGGCACUUUUAGAUGAGACACCAGAGCAUACAAAAUCAAAAACCAAACUGGACAAUGAAUCAUCUUCAUCUUCUUCUUCACCAUCUUUUACUAAAGGUCAUUCAGGGCCCGAUCCGUUUCAACAGUUAUCAUCAACCGAACAUCCAAAUACUAACGGUUCUGAUGAUGAGCAUGAACACUCGGGAUCACAACCACUACCCCUGGAUUCGAUAACCAUUGGGAUUCCGCCCACUCUUCACACAAUCCCUAUUAGCCUGUCUAAAAAUGGCGAUGACAUGAAAGCUGAUAACAGUCCCAAGACGAGUAAAAAUAUAAACAGGUUCAAUGAGACAGUGCUGCCUCCACAAAUGGUGGAUGGGCAGGCGUGGUCUGAUUCUAACAUGGAGCUGGAAAUAUGUCUAGACUAUCUCCAUAACGAACUUGAAAUGAUAAAGAAAAGACAACAGGAUUUCGAAUGCAAAGUGCUAAAUAAGCUCAACAUAAUUGAAGUUCUUCUUUCGCAGAUGCGGCCACCGAACCAAGGAGACAGUUUAUAA